CAGCAAUUGGAGCACGGACCCGGCUUGGCAAUCAAAUUCGUCCCGCGUGCCGGAUCCGAUUGUGAGCUGCGAGACCCGACCCGGACCCCGUCACGCCGCCCCCGAUUCCCGUCCAGUGAGUCCCGCCCAGGCCACCCACUCAGAGCUGGAACCUCGAAUCUCGACCCUUGACUGUGUCCGAGACAUUCCCAAUCCCGGCGACGCGGACUCAACUACGCCGACGACGACGACGACCGACCGACAGCGACGAAUAGCCGCCCGCCCGUCCAAAAUCCAUUAAUUGCGCCGCCGUCGCACAUCUUGAUCUUUUCGGUCCCGGCGCAAUCGCUUUCUGUCUCGACCCGGCCUCUUCCCAAAUUCCGCGACAGCCAACAAAAAAAAAAACACCAAGAGAUACCCCCAACCACACCACCAAAAAUGUCGUCCUUCCUCGCCCGCCCACUCCGGGCCAGCAGCACCACCACCCUCGGUCUGCAACUGCGCACCCUCACAACCACCACCCCGCUCACCUACCACCAACCGCGCGUGCCCUCCUCCUCGAUCCCAAUCCCCAACGUCUCCGGCCGCGUCCCCCUCCCCGACGUGCCCGCGAACUCGGACUUCAAGAUCGAGAUCCCCGCCUACCCCUACGGGCCCCGUCGCGUGUACCACCAAUCCAACACGGGCCUGUACGGCUCGGCGCUGAUCCGCUUCGGCAACAACGUGUCCAAGCGCAACGAGAUCAAGACGCGGCGCAAGUGGCGGCCGAACGUGCAGCAGAAGCGGUUGUGGUCCAAGUCCUUGGGCGUGUUUGUGCGCACCCGCGUCACUACGCGCGUGCUGCGCACGAUUGAUAAGGUGGGCGGACUGGAUGAGUACCUGCUCGGCCACAAGGCGGCGAGAGUCAAGGAGCUGGGACCGUGGGGGUGGAUGUUGCGGUGGAGGAUCAUGCAGACUCCGGAGGUGAGGGAGCGGUUUGCGAAGGAGCGGGAGGCCCUGGGAUUGCCCCGGGUCAAGGAGGGGGAGGAGAAGAGUCUGGAGGAGCAGUUGAGGGAGUUUAAGCUUGCUGGGUUCAAGUUUGAGGAGGGCAAGGAGCCCAAGAGCAAGGGGGAGUUGAAGGAAGAGGCGGAUCGGAUGAUUAAGUCGGAGUCGAAGGAGUUUGAGUUGGGCCAGGAGGAGGAUCUGUUUAUGAAGGAGGAGCCGAAGCCGAAGAUGGCUUAGAUGGGACAAUUCUGAAGAGGGUCUGAUUACCGUCUUAUUCCGCUGUUGCGGACGACGGCUGUACCAUAUCUUGUGUGUAUAAAAAUGGGAUUUUAGAGGUUGAAGGCAAGCAUUGUGGACGAUUAGACCUCGUGCUGUCAGUGAAUUGUCCUACAAAAUUCGCGGUAUCUUAUCGAGAACUGUCUACAUGUGUACGAAGUUCAUGUGCAGGGCUACUGAGGGUGGUC